GACAGCCAAGCAAACACAAUCCGCAAUAUUCACACUUUCGCGGAGGACAUUAGGCUAUAAAACUCAAUUUCCCAGAGUUGCAGAGUUUGUGUGAGGAGCGAGUCGCCACAUAAACUCCUCCCAUAACAAGAAGACACGGAGUUCAACGUCUUUCUUGAAUUGUUCGAGGAAACAUGUCAACAAGACACGAAACCAGCUGUCCUCGAGCUGGCUCAUAAGGGAUGAUCAACAAGGGGAAAAUGCUACACUGAGAGAAAAAAAAUGGAUGCAUGACUCAAUUUUGCACAAAUUUAGCAAGUCAUUCACUUUUGUUCUCUAUCUGCCAAAUGUGUUUGAUAGACUGCAUAAAAUUUUAGCCUUCAGUUUUUAUCUUCUUUUCAACUGUGAAUUCAAAAACUAAGACUCAGAAUGUACCAAGUAGUCCCAGGAGGAGCAGGAGGAACAAUUACUGAUGGCGUGCCCAUCAAGAAGAUGGACAAGGACAGUCGCCCUCUGGUGGGGGCUGGAGUUUUUGGUGCGAUUCUGGUGAUUGCAGCAGUGACUGCAUGGUGCUACUAUAUUGCCUCCCUUCGUAAAGCUGACCUGCUGAAGACAGAAUUGCUUGAUCUGAAUAAGGAUGGCUUUCUCAUCCGUAACCAGGCUGGGGGGAUUGUCCUGAAGAUGGGUUUCAGAUCUGGCACGCUUGAUCUCGACUCCUGCUCGAAGGAGGGAGUGAUCCUUCGUUGCUCGCGUUCGUUUGCUGGCAAGGUGAACUUCUUCAUUAUGACGGUGAAACCAAAGGAGACGGUGAUGUGUUACCGUGUGCGUUGGGAAGAGUUGGAGUCAGAACGACCUGUGGAACAUGCCAUGUCCUACAAUGAAUCGCACUGGUAUGGUGGUGCUGAGACUGCUGUUCAGCAUUGGCCUAUUGCCAUCUCAGGCCAGCAGGCACCCAAACCUUUUGUCACUAGUGAUGUGUACUCCAAUCGCCAUGACUUCGGUGGCAUCCUGGAGCGAUACUGGCUUUCGUCCAAUGCAACUGCCAUUAAGAUCAAUGACUCUGUGCCCUUCCACCUGGGCUGGAAUGAUACAGAGAAAACCAUGUACUUCCAGGCACGAUAUCAGGACAGUCCGUACAAACCUGCACCUGGAAGACCUCCCUAUGCUGAACUUAGUUACAGAGUCUGCGUUGGCCCAGAUGUGACCUCUAUCCACAAGGUCAUGGUUCGUCGAUACUUCCCCAAACCCAACAAAGUGCCUGCCAAGGAAAUGUUCCGGCACCCAAUAUGGUCCACCUGGGCUUUACAUAAGACUGACAUCAACCAGGAAAAGCUUUUAACUUAUGCAGAGAAUAUACGCAAAUAUGGUUUUAACUGUAGCCACUUAGAACUUGAUGAUCGUUAUACUAGACAAUACGGGGAGUUUGAAUUUGACACACAGAAGUUCCCAAAUGCUUCUGCCAUGUUUCAAAAGCUCAAGGCAGAUGGCUUCCUGGUAUCCCUGUGGACGCAUCCCUUUGUGAAUUAUGAUUCUGCUAAUUUUGGGCCAUGUGUACAGAAAGGGCUGUUCGUGAUGGAGCCAACAGGCCAACUUCCUGCAUUGGUUAAGUGGUGGAAUGGUAUCGGUGGAAUCCUCGAUUUUACCAAUCCAGAAGCUCGCAACUGGUUCACGUCCCAUCUUCGCUCUUUACGCCACACAUAUGGCAUUUCUUCCUUCAAGUUGGAUGCAGGUGAGACAAGCUACUUGCCCUGGCAGUUCAGAACUCGAGUCCACCUCCCUGACCCAAGCACCUUCACUCGCCGCUACACCGAAAUGGCCAUUCCUUUCAACGAACGAGCUGAACUUCGGUCCGGCUACAGCUCUCAGAAUAUCUCCUGUUUUUUCCGUCUAAUUGACCGGGACUCUGUGUGGGGCUAUGAACUUGGCCUCAAGUCCCUGAUCCCAACCGUCCUCACCAUUAGCAUCCUGGGCUACCAGUUUAUCUUGCCAGACAUGAUUGGAGGCAAUGCAUAUGCCAAUCGUACUGAUGGAAAUGGCAAGCUACCAGACCGUGAGCUUUAUAUUCGGUGGCUGGAGCUGUCUGCUUUCAUGCCCUCCAUGCAGUUCUCCAUUCCUCCAUGGGAGUAUGAUGAUGAAGUGGUGGCUAUCGCUCAACGGUUCACUGAACUACAUGAAACACUGGUGGCUCCCAGGGUCAUAGAACUGGCUGGAGAAGUUCUGGACACUGGGGACCCCAUAAUUCGCCCAUUAUGGUGGAUCGCCACCAGUGAUGAAACGGCUUAUAGAGUCGACUCACAGUUUUUGAUAGGAGAUGACUUGAUGGUGGCACCAGUACUGGAGCCGGGCAAGCAAGAAAGGGAUAUCUAUUUACCAGCUGGACGCUGGAAAAGUUACAAAGGAGAACGAUUUGACAACAAAGAGCCAAUACACCUAACAGAUUAUCCAGUUGAUCUUGAUGAAAUUGCUUACUUUGAAUGGGUUCAGUAAGACUUAUGGCAAGCAUCUGGAGUUUUGAGCAUGUCUUCCAUUUAAAGCGUUUGUGAAGGUGUUGUUUUUUUUUUUUUCUUCAGGGAAAUUAACUAAAGUUACUCAUCCAGGGUUUAAAUUUUACAAUAUAAAACAGGGCCGUUUAAGAAAUAAGCUUCCGGUAGCACAUUCUGACAUUCUUCAUCAGCUUGGCUUAAUGUUUUGUGCCAUUACGAUAGUUAAACAUACAUUAGAUAUCUGAUGAUAAUGUCUUUCCGUGCCUUUAAACAGUGAAUGUCUUUGAGAUACCGGCCCAAAACCUUGACACAAUUAAGCUUUUACAUAUGCAUCUUGCCAAAUAAACUGACUUUAAGGAUGCUAAGGAUGUAUUAAUGGGCUGUGACAGGUAAUUUUGCACAAUGUAUGCUUUCUGUUCUCUAAUCUGCGUUUUUAACAAGGGAAAUUUUACCAAUACUGUACACAAGUCUUCCUCUUGCAAGGCAUACAAUGUUAAUUACUUUUCAAAUGUUCUCCUCAUGUUCUUUAAAUCAACUUGUUCAAUUUUGCUAGUGCACUUAAAACAGUGUAUGUUUUUUUUUUUUUAUUAUUAUUUUUUUUUUACUGCAAGCAAUAGCAAUGCUGCACUACAGUAAAGUUAGGCCAUGCAUGCAGCACAUUUGUGCAUAAUCUGCCCCACUCUUGUCUCGUAAGAACCAAUACUUGAUAUAAUCACAUUAGAAGUUUUUAUAUGUAAUGGGUGCUUGUGGCUGUAUUCGAAAUGACCAGCAGUCUAUUUUUUAACUCUACAUGCUAUACUGUCAUCAUGUAGUGCCAAAUACAUCACCAACAGACCUUGUUCAAGCAUUACUGCCACAUUUACAGAAACAUUUCCUGCCACAUAAGAUACAGUUGUUUGUCUUUUCAUAUUAAAUCGAUGUGUGCUGCUCAUCUUGUUUUGAAUAUUAUGCUGUGCUGCCUAAUUUAUGUGUUUUGCUAUAAGGGCACAACACAAAAUGCUUAGUCAGUUAAUCUUUAUCAGAUUAUAUUUUUUUUGCUGUGCAAGGGUCACCUUUGGGUUUGUUUAACGCUCUUCCAGCAGGCUGACAAUCAACUUACACUGCAAGCUUUCUCUAAUAUACGACCUUCAAGCUUAUUUUUAGCUCUUCUCACACAACUGUGAAAGUGCACUCAUCUACUCUGGUGAAACAAUGACUCUGUCAAGCAAAGUGUCUGCUCUAAAAGUAGCUACAGAGUAUGUAGACAUAUGGUAGCUGCCUUUUCAGUACUCGUGUACCUCAAAUAACCAUUUAGUGUUGCUUCAUGGUAUUCUAAUAACUUAUCUGAGGAGAGGCGUUUGGGGUGAUUUUCUUCACUGGGACUAUAUGCUUGUGGAUUUUACACUGUUGGAGAUCUUGUUAAUAGGCCCCUGACAGUGUGGGCCCCUGGAUGACCUAAACAGACUAUAGACUGCUGAUGUUCCAGAAACUCACCAGAGCAUAGCCACCGUCAGCUUUCCACAGACUGGAAUUUCAUGUUUUUUUUUUUUUUAUUGUCAUAAAGUUUGAUAUUGUGUUAACAUAAAUUCCCAGAAGAAAAAAUGCUUUGUUUGUACAUCUCAUAGACUUUGUGUGUGUGUUCCUUCACCCUCAUCUGAGUAUAGCUUUUAAAAAUGUAUGAAAAUAUGCAAAAUGUUUGUAUUUCAAAACAAAUAGUAGUGAAUGAAAGUAUUUAUUCAUUUUGUGCAUAAAACUGUGCAUUUCGCUUUGCAUUUUACAUGCCCUGGUGAAGCACAUGCUAAGUUUGACCAGCUGCAAACAGUAUUGCUGAAAAUAGUAUCGUUCUCCAGAGCGUCACAGGAGGGCAGUGUUUACCUGCUUUUAUAGUCCUUCACUUGAAGCUUGUGAAGUGUGUUGGCAUGGCACAAGAAAAUCCUGUACUUUGCUAAUUCACUAUUUUUCUCUUACUGAAUAUAAUUAGUCUGAUAUUGAAGUAAAAUGGUACCAUUAAACUUUUGACCUCUCUCAA